GCGAACGGCAAUGGCAAAUAAAAUAUUUUAGUAACAAUUGCGCGAUUGAUCCAGUCGGUACGUCCGUAGCCAUGGCACAGAAUCGCAUGUCUCCGCUUUAUGCCAACUAUGAGGAUCUGCGCAGCUCUGAGCAGCCAACAGGCUCCGACGAGUACACGAUCCACAUACCAGGGGGCGUUCCGCAUGAUGCUGGAGCAGCAGCUCCACCGACUAUGAGACAUACGCCGCCGGAUGCACAGAAUCGCGGUUUUAAGACAUCUGAAAAUGAACCGCUGGGCUGCAUGGAAUGGAUUGUAACGGCGCUUUCGAUGCUGGUCUUCAUCGUCACCGCACCCAUAUCCAUAUUUAUAUGCUUCAAAGUUGUGGCCGAAUAUGAGCGCGCCAUAAUCUUUCGCUUGGGUCGCUUGAGCGGCGGAGCGCGUGGACCCGGCAUGUUCUUUAUACUGCCCUGCAUUGAUGAAUAUCGUAAGGUGGACCUGCGCACAGUGACGUUUAAUGUGCCGCAGCAGGAGAUGCUGACCAAGGAUUCGGUGACUGUGACAGUCGAUGCCGUUGUCUAUUAUCGCAUACACAAUCCGCUGUUUGCCAUUGUGCAGGUGGAGGACUAUAGCACAUCGACGCGUCUCUUGGCGGCAACCACGCUGCGCAACAUUGUGGGCACGCGUAAUCUUACAGAGCUGCUGAGCGAGCGUGAAAUUCUGGCGCAUCAUAUGCAAGCGACACUGGAUGAGGCCACCGAGCCCUGGGGUGUGAUGGUGGAGCGCGUGGAAAUCAAGGAUGUCUCGCUGCCCCAAUCCAUGCAGCGUGCCAUGGCCGCCGAGGCGGAGGCAACACGCGAUGCACGUGCCAAGGUUAUUGCUGCCGAGGGUGAAAAGAAGUCGGCUACAGCGCUAAAGGAGGCUUCCGAUGUCAUCUCUGCCAGUCCCUCAGCAUUGCAGUUGCGUUAUCUGCAAACUUUAAGCAGCAUUUCGGCGGAGAAGAACUCCACAAUUGUAUUCCCCUUGCCCAUGGAGCUGCUGACACCUUAUUUAGCCAAAUAUGCGCCAAUGAUGCAACUGCCACCAAAGCCCGAUACCAAUGUGCAGCUACCGGCAACAAAUUUAUAAACUGCAAGAGCGACAGCUAGAGGAUGCACCGCAAUAUACGUACUCUAAACUUUAAUUUAAAUGUAUUUGUUGUUCCCUGCAUGCUUAUGACUCACUAUAUGUUUAAUCUGUGUAAAAUUGUAUUUGUCGCAAAUGUUGUCGUAGUUUCCGCUAAUUCAAAUUAAAGCUUUAUCAUUAAGCUCGUGAUUUGAAUGAGUAAUGCUGGAAAAAAAAUCCCACAUUUAUCUGCAUGCAAGCAUGUCAAUAAUACUUAUAAACUUAUAAUAUAUAUACAUAUAUUUUUAUGUAUUGCUAAGAAAUUGUAUGCAAUUGAACUACAAAUUCUGCAGAGCA